ACACAGUUUCUUUAGGUACAAUGACAUUGUUUAAUACUUUGAGUUGACGGUGCUUCCUUUGAUUUACAGUGAGAGACAUCUCUGAAUUUUCAAAUAUCUUUGCUGGUACACUUCCCUGAACUUGUUUUACAAUGACGCAAAUUACUUAAACAUAGCCUGGAGUGAUGCUGGGAAAUGAUCAAACCCAUUUAUCUUAACGUUUGGCUGAUGCAUAUGCAAUCUCAUCGUCUGUGGGCCAGCCUGUGUAAUUCACUUCAAUUUACUACCUGCAAUUUUCAAUAAGAACUUAAGACCGGCUCUUGCUUGACGUAUCUGCUAUGUUCACAUAACUUGAGAAUUUUCUCUAAAACCUGGUCUGCUCUGUUGCCGGCUGCUAUCCGCUGCAUCCCAUGCCACUUUCUCAUGCAACCGGAGGGGAUGCUAUACCUGUCCAUUCAGCUCUUCAUUUCCAACCAUUCCAUGCAAAACAAAAAAGUAAGUGGUAACGUAUGUGAAGUUUCAGAAGACCGGUGGGACUAGGUAGUAUAAUAGUUUGGUAUGAUCUAGAUAGGCUUAAUGGCCUGUUGCUGUGACCACCUAGUCAUCUUAUCAACAAAAUAAAGCUCAUGCCAUGAAAUAGAAGCUUAGUAUGGAUACAGAGUUGAUAGAGAACAAACAACUGAUUGGUUAUUUACUGCAAUGAAGAAAAAGAGUAGCUUUGCCCAGGGGUCAGUUUUCAGGUUUUUGUUUUGCAUUAAUGACCCAGAUUCAGGCAUCCACGGCCCAAGUUCUGAAUUUGUGGAUGAUACAUAAAAUAACAAUAUGCACUUGUGGAGUGUGUAGAUGCAUUGUAGACAAAUUUGGAGAGAGAAGAGAUUAUGCACUUUGAUAGGAAGAAUGAAGAGAACCAAGAAGGAGUAAAGGAUGCUUUUGUAAAAAGGGGUGUAGAAUCAGAAGACCUGGGUAAUGCAUACUGAAAGUGAUGAGGCAAGGCAAGUAAGCAUUAAACUAAAACAUACAAAGAUGUCACUUCUUUUGGCCAUGCAUAACCAUCAUUGUGAAAAAAGUACAAAACCAAGUUUGAUUGUACAGUACUAGCUCCUGAAAAGUUACAAACACGAAGAAGUCUGAGAUAAUGGUAAUCCAAAGCAACACACGCAAAAUGCUGGAGGAACUCAGCGGGACAGGCAGAAUCUAUGGAAAUGAACAAACGGUCGACGUUUCGGCUGAGACCCUUCUUCAUGUUAGCCUGUUUUCUUCUUCCUGUCUUCUUCCUCCAAUGUUUCAAUGUUGACAUUGCAAAAGCGUGACUAUUACAAUUGAUAUUUUCGGCUGUUCCAAGGCAGAACAUAUUUUAACGAGUGUUUAACUGUGCGGUACAGAAUUCUUGGGGUAGGCGGUGGGCCCUUCAGAGUAAAGUUUAAAAAAAAUCUCCAUCACAUUGCCGCAAUGUAAUAGCUUGGUGCACUGUAAAGCUGCCAGCAAAACUGGGGCAGAACGUGCUGCCCGGUGUUUUAAACACGACUGCGUAAGCAGAGCUGUACAUAUGCGAGCUCCAUUUCCUGGAUUAAGAUUGUAGGCUGCGUAUUUGCCAAGGUCAGACCCGAUGGAAAAAAACCGUGAAGCUGAUUGGUAAUCAGUGGAGAUGAAUAGACCAGCUGCAACGUGUUUCUUUUCGCAUAGUUCGUUGCACAGAAACAAGUGGAUCUUUAUUAUUUUAUAAAUAUAAAAUUUCAGUGAGUGGCUUUUCGCGAAUCUCGGCUCUGGUGGGAAAAGGGACUCAGAUGUAUUGGAACAUCGAAUGGUGAUCUUGACUGCUGCACCAGCCCUUUUCUCUGUGGACCGGAUAAAAGGGUACACACUUGAAAGGUAAAAGGUCGUCGUUGGUCGCUCAAAGAAACCCCCAUGAUUCCUAUAUGCCCAGUUGUUUCUUUUACGUAUGUGCCUGGCCGGCUAGGCGAAGAUGCCAAAAUGGCUACCAGUAACUACUUUGGAUUUGCCCAUGGUGGUGCUGCGCAGUACAGCCAACAGCCGGCCACUGGCAUCGCAUACUCCCAUCCAACCACAGCUGGCAGCUAUACAGUCCACCAGGCACCAGUAGCUGCUCAUGCUGUCACAGCAGCGUAUGCUCCUGCAGCUGCUGCUACGGCAGCCAGACCGAUCCCAGCUGCAGCUGCAGCGGCUGCUGCCACAGCAGCCUACGGAGGAUACCAAGCAACCCAUACUGCAGCAGACUAUGGAUAUACACAGCGGCAACAAGAAGCCCCACCACCACCACCACCGGUCACCUCGCAAAAUUACCAGGAUACUUACACAUAUGUGCGCUCUACAGCACCAGCAAUAGCCUAUGACAGUAAACAAUACUAUCAACAGCCUGGUGCUGCAGCACAGCCACAACCAACUGCUGCUGAAGCCUACUAUCAAGCUGCUGCCAAGGCAGGAUACAGUCAAGCUGCUACACAAUAUACACAGGCUCAACAGACUCGACAGGUGACGGCCAUCAAGCCCGCUACACCAAACCCAACUACUACCUUUACUGUUUAUCCUGUUUCGACUACUGUGCAGCCAGCAGCUGCAGCUGCUGCCACUGUGGUUCCAUCCUAUACACAAAGUGGUACAUAUAGCUCCACUGCUGUGACGUAUACUGGGGCUACAUAUGCCGGAUAUGAAGCUGCGGUGUAUUCUGCUGCAUCUUCCUAUUACCAACAGCAGCAGCAGCAACAACAGCAACAACAAAAACAAGCUGCAGCUUGGGCUGGGAGCACUUUCACUAAGAAAGUUCCUUUCCAGAAUAAGCAGAAGCCAAAGCAGCCCCCCAAGCAACCUCAGAUCCAUUACUGUGAUGUUUGUAAGAUCAGUUGUGCUGGGCCACAGACUUACAGGGAACAUUUGGAAGGACAAAAACACAAGAAAAAGGAAGCUGCUCUAAAGACUACUAAUCAAAGCAGCAAUACUGGGACUGCUCGAAGCAUUCAAAAUCAGCUGCGGUGUGAACUCUGUGACGUCUCUUGCACUGGGGCUGAUGCAUAUGCAGCUCAUAUUCGCGGAGCAAAGCAUCAGAAGGUAGUCAAGUUGCACACAAAGCUUGGCAAGCCCAUCCCAUCAACAGAGCCUAGCAUGGGCAGUCAGACAACAACUGCAACUACGGCUGGGACCUCUGUCAAGCCAGUUACUCCAAGUCCACCUGCAGGAUCCAGCAGUGGUGCCGCCACUGCAACUCCCACUGUUUCCACUGUUGUAAAGACUAAUCCGGUUGCUGCUGUGUCUGUGAAUAAUGUUGCUAAUAAGGUGCUUACUGCAAAAAAAGCACCAACUCCGAAGAUUACUUUUGUAGGUGGUAACAAGUUGCAGACUACAGGAACUAUAAUUGAAGAAGCCAAAACACCUGAAGUAAAGUUGGCAACACCACCUGUUCAAGAGACCAAAUCAGAGGCAGUGGUGGAGCCAAUAAAUGCACUUGCUGCAUUGCAGAGCGAUGUUCAGCCUGUUGGUCAUGAUUACGUGGAAGAGGUUCGAAAUGAUGAAGGAAAAGUUAUUCGCUUUCAUUGUAAGUUAUGUGAGUGUAGUUUUAAUGACCCAAAUGCAAAGGAAAUGCAUUUAAAAGGAAGAAGACACAGGCUGCAGUAUAAGAAAAAAGUAAAUCCUGAAUUGCAAGUGGAAGUAAAGCCAAGUAUUAGAGCAAGGAAAAUCCAAGAAGAAAAAAUGAGAAAACAAAUGCAGAAGGAAGAAUACUGGAGGCGGAGGGAAGAAGAAGAGCGCUGGAGAAUGGAAAUGAGGCGGUAUGAAGAGGACAUUUACUGGAGGAGGAUGGAAGAAGAGCACCAUUACUGGGAUGACCGCCGCAGAAUGGCUGAUGGAUAUCCACCAGGCCUCCUUGGUGUUCGACCCGGAAUGAUGCAGCCCCAGGGGCCAGUGCCUCCUAGGCGUCCAGAUUCAUCAGAUGAUCGCUAUGUUAUGACAAAACAUGCUGCUAUUUACCCAACUGAAGAGGAGUUGCAGGCUGUCCAGAAGAUAGUUUCGCAUACUGAGCGUGCACUUAAACUUGUGUCUGACUACAUAACAGAGCAAGAUAAACCAAAGAACAAAGAGGAAGAUAAGAAAGAUAUCGUCAAAGAUAGAAGAGAUGAUAACCAGAGAGCUUUGAAGGGUGUUAUGCGAGUUGGUGUACUUGCUAAAGGGUUGCUGUUACGUGGGGACAAAAAUGUGGACCUUGUGCUGCUCUGUGCUGAAAAACCGACUGGAGCACUGCUGAAUCGCAUUGCAGAUAACCUGCCAAAACAGCUUGCGGUGACCACUUCUGAGAAAUAUGAAGUGAAGUGCUCCGUUCCUGACUCGGCCAUAUUCAUUACAUCAAACAUGGAACCAAAAAUGCAAGUCACCAUCACACUUACAUCACCGGUCAUUAGAGAGGAGAACAUGGGAGUUGGAGAUGUAACCUCGGUUAUGGUGAAAGACCCACCGGACGUCUUGGACAGGCAAAAAUGCCUUGACGCUCUGGCUGCUCUCCGCCACGCUAAGUGGUUCCAGGCUAGGGCCAAUGGUUUGCAAUCCUGUGUAAUUAUUAUUCGCAUCCUACGUGACCUCUGCCAGCGGAUGCCAACAUGGGGAGUUUUGCCAAGCUGGGCCAUGGAGUUGCUGGUGGAAAAAGUAAUCAGCAGUGCCUCUGGACCACUUAGUCCUGGUGACGCCAUGAGGAGAGUUUUUGAAUGUGUUUCAUCUGGAAUACUCUUACCAGGUGGUCCUGGUCUAUAUGAUCCUUGUGAAAAGAAUCCUACUGAUACAUUGAAUUCAGUGACGGCACAGCAACGGGAAGAUAUAACAACUAGUGCACAGUUUGCUCUGAGAUUAGUAGCAUUCCGUCAGAUUCACAAAGUCUUGGGAAUGGAUCCAUUACCUCAGAUGAAUCCACGUUUCAGCGUACGUAAUCGAAAGAGGAGGAGGGACAACAGCGAUGGCACGGAUGGAUUGGAAGCGGAGGGAAAGAAAGAUAAAAAAGAUUUUGACAGUGGAGAAUUUUAAAUCACUUUGCAGAAUGUCCAAGGUUGUUCAUAUAAAAUUGACCAUCUAUGGACUUGAAAAAAAAAGUCUGAUUUGUAAGUGUUUCAAUAUUAUUUUAAAUAUAGUUAUGUUAAAUGUAAAUAAGGUGCUCACGCUUA